GAUUAGUAAUCGGGGUCGGAACAGAAAUGUAACGACGAGGAGAAGCCGCGGUGAUCCAUAUAGUAGACCUCCAAAACCAAACAAAGCAAGACCAAACAACUAUCCAAUCGCAGAGCAGAGGAAGAGAACAAGUUUGGAUAGCAGUAUCCUACAAACACAGUUUUCGAUACAGAACACAAGACGCUACCGUCGAGAAUCUCUGAUUGACAGAAUGAAGAAGUCAACAACGUCCACGACAAGAAAUGGUAGCAGCCCUAGCACAUUGCAGCAAGAUGGAAAUCGGCAUAUGCCCACUGUUCCUCGGCUCGGGAAUCAAAGCCUCAAGUAUGAUAAUGAACAUAAGUUGCGAGAACAAGACGAAGAAAGAAAACGACGUUCCGCGUCUCUACUUUUUCGAGACAACAAAGUCAGAGGCAACGCAAGCCAAAGAGACACAAUCAAUGGCAUUUGUAGAAGUGUCCCGAAUAGUACUAAAUCGGAACCAAUAUUUCUCUCCACACAGGAACACGUAGUCCCUGCUGGAUUGGAUCAGAAAAAGGUAUUAGGAAAGAAUGCUGUAGACCUCAAAAGUACCGAUAGUAUCAAGACUCAGAAAUACAACAACAGCAGUGGAGGCAGCGACAGCAAUGACGACAUGGAUUGCGAUUCCGCCGAAAGCUAUUCCUUCGAUUCAUCAUCGUCCUCAUUAUCUCACAAGAAAGAAUCUUUCCAGAAUCAGGGAACCGAAACACCCACGACCUGUAGCAAGGAUCAACCCGCACACCAAGUGGGACAGGAACUGGAAGUCACACAGAGACAUUAUUCCCCCAAUGCCAUCCCAACGAUACAUGCAGAUCAACUUGGUUCUCGUAAAUCAAUUGUUUGCCAAUCAACAUUCGCAACCGAGAAGACAAUUCUAGAGAAAAUCAGGGAUACGACAACAUCUGCUACAGUUAGCAGUCCUCCCAUCGAAGACCCCAAUGUAUUCAACCUUCUUAUGAAGAGCAAAAGGAACAAUGAGAUGGAUGAUGAACUAUUGGGAUCUACGAUAGGAGACGGUCAAUUUAUCCUGAACUGCCUCGACGACAAUAGUGACAUCAGUGCCUCAUCAUCUCUUCGCGGUCGUAUAAUAUCUGUGAAGUCACCUUCCGAGAACCAACGUGAUUCGCGGAAGGCAUUCAAGACACAAGAUGUUAGUGCGUCAAAAAAUAAUAUUUCGUCCAUAGGAUCGCUGUCAGCCAUUAAGAAGGACCAAAAUAAUCAUACACAGGCAGACAUGAAGCAUAAGGACCGUCAUCAACAGCCAGCAGAGAAGAAGCCGCAAGAAGAAGAAGAAGAGAGUGUCGAAGCGUGGUCGAUUCAAGGCCAAAAGACCUCCCCAUUUUUUUUUAAGAUCGACGGGAAGAGAUACGGUCACCCCACAUUACCUCCUGGGUGGACUCUGAGAAUCUCUCAAAGCUUAAAACAACCCGUGUACUCCCACCCAGAUCAUGGAUGUACUUGGCACUGCCCCAUCAAACUUACUCCUAAUAUGGUUUACAUCAAGAGAAGCGACGGCAAAAUUAUCAAGCAAACCAAGAGUAGCAGUGAGGUGGAUAGGACAGAAACUUCUUUGAAAGAUUUGGAUCAGGAAAACCCACCCGAACAUGAUGUUCUCAAGUUGUCAAGAACAACGCGCGAUGCCCUUCGGGCUGCUCGAACUCCUCCGUCUACAAGAGAGUUGCCUUCCCGGAGGAUGGAGAGCAUACAAUCUGCUUUGCUCUCGGAAGAGAGAACUGUGUCCCAUUUUUCGUCGCCAGAGAAUGAAAAUGACAGCGUCUCAGAAGAAAGUGAUUCAACUUUUGGUUUAAUGCAAGAAAUCUCACAAUUAUCUGUUGGGUUGAUGAAGAAUUCCUCUUCGAAUCUACAAAAAGUCCGAGAGGUGAAAAUGUUACACCAAGAUAUAAGGAAAGAGCAAGAUUGUGGAACGAACCUGAGUCAACAGCGACAAGAGCAGGGGCAAGAACAACCAUUACAGUCUGAUAACGAGGACACGGAAGUCGAUACCUCGUCCACUGUGUCCAUCAUACUCGAACAAAGCAAACAGACGAAUGAAUUGGAAGCAGGAGAAACAUUUUCCAUUGUAGCAAAACUAGAUUUUGACAGGGGACGAACACCAUUUCAUCCAAAACCAUUCGAGAAUGAAACACCAUCAACUAUGUCCGCCUUGAUCAGUCAAUACCACAAAAAUAUGCGAAAAUAUCGAGGCGAUCGGUGCUCAACCAAUUUAAAAGUCUCUAGCCCGUCAAAGAAAUGCAAUCUAUCAAACAGUGAGGCGCUACCAAGAAAAGCGAUUGGAACGAACGCCCGGAAGAAAUUGUCUCAAAAUGGAGAGACAUCGUCUCCAGUUGAAGAACUAACUGUACAAAGUGGUGAUGGCCCUAAAGCAAAGAAGGCCAAAUCAGGUAGAAUAAGACCUACGGAUGUCUACCCUACAAAAAAUGCAAAUAAGAAGAAUGAAUCGAAGGAUAAUCCAUCCGUCGGAACACCAAUUUCAAACUCUGAUUUGAAUGGUCUCGACCCAGUAGUUACAUCCGGUAGCAUGGGAUUCGUAACUACACGAUCCGUUGAAAAAAUCGUAUCGAAGCAUGGUACCUUAACGAGGAGAGAUAGACAGUCUACUCCAAACCCUUCACGAUCACAGGAAAUGAACAGUACAGAGCAUAUUGAAGCUUGGUUCACACCGGCGACACCUGUCUAUAGGGCCAGCGACAUUAUAGAAGAAGAUGUCGCCACCCUCCGAUUCGGCGCCAAUCAGAACUCGAGUCAACCGCGCUUGCACUUACCCGAGAAAAUUAGAAACGAGAGAACACCAGCCGCACCAGAUGUAUAUUCAAAUUCUAAAGCACAAAAACAAAGUAGUCAAUGCCGUACUAAUGAUAGAAGGCUCCAAAAUUACUCCCCGGUCAAUCAGGAUGAUGAAUGGUCUCCUCUUGCACAGCAGCAUUCAAAUGGAAAUCACAUUUUUCCGAGUCCGCAACACAUAUUUGGACAGAGAAUAGAUAAAACAGUGUAUCGAAACUGCACACCUUACGGAGCGAGAAUAGAGGCAAAAGAAAGCGGUAUUCCAUUAGAGACCCAUUCUAAACACCAACAUUCUUCAGAUGUCAAAAUCAUUCUGAACAGAAAUUCAAUCGAAAAUUUCGAAUGGCAAGCGGCUGAAUCGAUAUCAAACUCGAUCGCUACAGUGCUUCAACAUCGAAAUUCAAACUGCUUCUUGAAGUCGAAACGGCAAACAGAGACGAAGAGUUCCCAGAUGAAUAUGGAAGUAGAGAAUGGUGUUGUACCAUCGAUACAACUCUCAGAAAAGAAUGAGAAUGGAUCCCUUUCUGCAUCGUCUACUGAGUCUGGUGGUAGACAACUCGAUAAGUGCGGGUGCCCUUCGGAAGCUUAUGAAAAUAAUGCUGAUGAAAUCACAAUUGAAAAGCACGUGUAUGCUGUUGAGGAGACUAUAUCUCCAAACGCAAUCGCAGAGGAUCAACGACCCGAGUUUACAUCAAAACAAAGAUCGAUUCCCUCAAUUGACUCCAAAUAUCUGAACACCCGUGAUAAAGGACACAGAGACUAUUCCAAGGAUGGCAACGUAGUGGACUUAGCUGAUUCCGGAAUGGGACUCACGUCCGAGGAAAGCUCUAAAUGUAACGACAUGGACAGUGCAGAUGCCCAACAACAUAAUGAUACCGCCUUCAAAAAGAAUUCAAACAAAAGUGACAAUUCAGCCGAAAAAUCAAUGCUUGCUAUGGCAGGAAAAACUCGGAUCUCGAAUAAUCCAAGCAGAGACGAAUCUGCUCAUCUGAAGGCAGCUGAAAAAACUUUUGAAUGUACCCAAGACAACUCGGUUUCAGUCAAUCAUGAGACUUCACUGAGUGAUAGUUUUCAACCAUUGAGUGAACCGGACUGUACAUCAUCUCUUGACGGCACAUCGACCUCAGACAAUAGGGAAAAACCGAACGAAUAUUCCAUUCGCGUUUUGCAUAUGGAAAAAGCGAUCAAGUCUAGAGAUCAAGCGAUAAUUUCAAACAACAAUGGCUUCGCGAAAAAGUUGAGCGGGGGAAAUGAUUCCGAAUCUCUGAACGAAUCUUUUGCAGUUGAAGAUCGUUUUUCAGAUGAAAUUCUAAGUAGAAAUGGAUCAAGUAUCUUCAGCAAUCAUGGCAAUUAUUCAGAGUCUUCGCAAAGAUCUUGCAUGCAUGAUGAUAGCGCUUCGGAAGACAAUAAAAGCAGACUUAGACCAACAGGUGUUGAAAACGAUGAAGACCCGAGAGAGAAAAGGGCACAAGAACAGUUCAAUAGCUCGCCGAGGUCAUAUACAACUUCCAUUGCGUCAUCGAAGGAUAAUUUUGGUUGCUCUGGUAUUGAUGACGCUGCUAGUGCGUCCGGAUUGUCUUCUGAAUCGUCGGUUCAACCUAUCAUCUUGAAGAACCGUGCUUCAGAGUACGUUUCUUCGCCAGGUGAUUAUCGUAGAAACCCAACAUGCAGCUCUUUUGGACACGAGUCACUAUUAGUGCAAUCGGGGAACCAUCAUAGAAUGAGCCGUCGGGUAUUAAUGCCUCCCCAUCCAAUUUGUUCUCUUCAACGUUUGGAAGAAUUGAUUUUCCAACGGGAACGCAUAGAAAUGAGGUCGGAAGAAUCCAUGAAAGGAAAACGGAUCAGAGGAAAGAAACUAUCUGCGAAGAAACGACGAAAGACAAAGACUUUUGGUCGUUGAUAAGGGAGACUUGCUACCUUUUUGAGACAUUGAGUGGACUUGCGGCAAUGCAUUUUUGCUAGUAACCCAUAAUAUCUUGCACUUGUUUUCGUGUCAGAUUGAGUCGUAGAGGAACGGCAACGAUCGGAACAGUUCCUGAACGAGGUUUCUUCUUGGUUUCUUCGAUCUGAGCAAGAACAAAGUCAAGUUGGUCAU